ACCGUGCCCCAUCUCUGCCCCCCACAGAAGGUGCGCCACGGCCCGGGCCCCUCGCCCACCCCCAGCCCCACGGACUCCAAGCACGGCAGCUUCUUCGGGACCAGCCGCUUCCACAUCUCCGACUUCAACUUCCUCAUGGUGCUGGGAAAGGGCAGCUUCGGCAAGGUGAUGCUGGCCGAGCGGCGGGGCACGGACGAGCUCUACGCCAUCAAGAUCCUGAAGAAGGACGUGAUCAUCCAGGACGACGACGUGGAAUGUACCAUGGUGGAGAAGCGGGUCCUGGCGCUCAGCGACCGGCCACACUUCCUCACCCAGCUGCACUCCACCUUCCAGACCACGGAUCGGCUCUAUUUCGUGAUGGAAUACGUCAAUGGCGGAGACCUCAUGUACCACAUCCAGCAGGUCGGGAAGUUCAAGGAGCCUCAUGCCAUGUUCUACGCAGCAGAGAUCGCCAUCGGCCUCUUCUUCCUGCACAACAAGGGCAUCAUCUAUCGGGAUCUGAAGCUGGAUAACGUGAUGCUGGAUGCCGAGGGCCACAUCAAGAUCACGGAUUUCGGGAUGUGCAAAGAGAACAUCUUCCCCGGAGUGACCACCCGGACCUUCUGCGGGACCCCCGACUACAUCGCUCCGGAGAUAAUUGCCUACCAGCCCUACGGGAAGUCGGUGGAUUGGUGGUCCUUCGGGGUGUUGCUUUAUGAGAUGCUAGCGGGGCAGCCCCCCUUUGACGGGGAGGACGAGGACGAGCUGUUCCAGGCGAUCAUGGAGCACACGGUGUCCUACCCGAAGUCGCUGUCCCGCGAGGCCGUCUCCAUCUGCAAAGGGUUCCUUACCAAGCACCCCCUGAAACGCCUGGGCUCGGGGCCAGCCGGGGAGCAGGACAUCCGGGAGCACGGCUUUUUCCGCUGGAUGGACUGGGAGAGCCUGGAGCGCCUGGAGAUCCCGCCGCCCUUCACCCCCCGCCCGUGCGGGAAGAGUGGCGAGAACUUCGACAAGUUUUUCACGCGGGCAGUGCCAGCGCUGACCCCCCCGGACCAGCUGGUCAUGGCAGGGCUGGAUCAGAGCGAAUUCCAGGGCUUCACCUAUAUCAACCCCGACUUCGUGCACCUCUCGCUGCGCCCCCCCACCUCCCCCAUCUCCAUGGUCUGACCCGCCGGCUCCCCCCUGGCUUAACCUGCCCAUAACCUGAGCGCUCCCCCCCCCAUCUAUCCCCCACAUGGUCUGACACCCCCCCGGGGUUGUGUGCACAGAAAUGCAGCCUCCUCUGGUGUGGGGAGCGGGGGGGUGGGUACACGGGGACCCCUCGCCCGGCCCCUAUUUCAUGGCUAUGCAGCAAAACCGUAAAGUUUGGGACAGGAAGUGAAAGAGAAUCUCACACCCAAACACAACUGCGAGCCAGAUUUCAGGAGGCACCGACUGCCAGGGGAGAGCGCCCCCUAUUGAGCCCCCCUCUCCCUGCAGCCCAGCGCCCCCUAGCAGCGCCGUGGGGCA